UAUCGUUCGGUUAUAAGGAGUAAAAUUUUUUUUGCGAAUUUAUCAAAAAAUAUAUAUUUUUUUUUUUGAACUGAAUACAGUAAAUUUUUACAGAAAAAACUAGGUAGCCUAUGUACUGAUUUAUAAGAAAAGAAAAACCUAUUUAAAUUUUAUACCAAAAUGGAGUGGAUGUUUUACAAAGAAAAAUUAAAAAAGGAUAAUUUCAACAAAAUAGGAUUAAUUUUCUUCAUUAGCAAAUAGAAAAAAAGUGAUUUGUGAGAAUUAAGAAAUAAAGAAAAAAUUAUCUAAUAAUUAAUUUCGAACAAAUUUUAUUGAAUAUUUUGGGACUGUUUGCAAAAAAAUUGGAUUAAGAAAACAGUGGACAAAAAUAUAUAAUAAUUAACUCAAUAACAAGGGAAUAAAUUACUUGUAAAAAUAGGUGAUAAAGUGUUGCACAUAACCUCACUAUAUGAGUUUAAAUUUUAUACACAUGUAAUUAAUUUGCAAAUGAAAUAUAGUAAUUACAUAUUAUGUAAUUAUUUCAAAGAGAUAAAAAAUAAGUGUUUUAUCAAAGUUAUUAACAUAAAUAUUGGUGCUUCUCUUUGUAUUGAAUAAUUUUAAAAAUAAAUUUUAAACAAAAAGUUGCGAUAAAAUUUUUAAAAAAUUAAUAAAUACAUACAUAAAUAAAUACAUAAUUAAAUUUUUUCUUAUAUACAUAUAUGUAUGUAUGUACAUACAUGCAUAUUUACUUUCAUGCACAUGUUUAGUUGGAUAUCUUAAUUUAUAAAUGAAAGCAACUGUGUAAUGUUAAAAAUUAUUAAAAAUAAUAAAAAAAAAUUGUUUACUUAGUUGUAUAAGAAAAAAGUAAAUAAAUUAAAUGUGUUUUAAUUAAUUCUAAUAAGAAAUAAGUGGUGUAGUAUACUCAUUUUUUCGAUAAUAUUUAAAUAUUUAAGCAAAAUAGAACUUAAUAAGGAAUAGUGCUAAAAAUUUAAUGUUUGAAAAUUAUUAAAAGCUUGUAUGGAAAAUUCUUGAAAAUCGAAUUGUAUUUGAAAAUUAUAAGGUUCUCUAAUAAAAGUGAGAUUAAAUGAAUUAGAGAGAGAAUUUUAUACUAUAGCUCUAAGAAAAAAGUUGGAAAACGUCUUACAGUUUUUAAAAGAAACACCAGCACCCACAUUAUCAUUUGUAUAAACAGUGAACUAAGAAAAGAACAAGCAAGAAAAAAAAGAGUGCUAAAAUUAAUUAAUGGCAACACAAUUUUAUUUUUUUCUCAUUGACGUUUAAUUAUUCUUCAAAAACAAAAAAAAAAAAACAUUAUUAUAAAUGUCAAUUAGAAUUUUUAAACAAAGGCAACAAAAUCUCAAGUAGAAAAAAGCGCAAAAGGAUUCAAAACUUAUACCGUCAUUACAUCGAAGAUAAACAAAACCAAAAAAAAAAAACUUAAUUCCUUCAUAGUGCCAUUGAAAAGCGAAACGACAUCAGAACGUAAAAAGUAACAACAAUAACGGUUAAUAUUGUAAAUGCACAUUUUAUUUAAAACUGUAAAACUUUAGAACGAUUCAUUUUCUUCUUAAUUUUCUCUUUGUUCAAAAUAUUUUUUUUUUCUUUUCUCCUUCGUUUUAUUUUUUCGUUUCCCUUGUUCUUUUUUCGGUACUCUCUAAGAUGUCGACCGAAUUUUCUAUUUUCUCUUCGGAACGAAAUCUUUGCUGCAUUUGCAUUAAACGAAAACGAUUACAUGGAAAUAGACAAAAAUAUAACACUAGCAUAAAACUAUUCAAGCAAUAUAAGGAAUAAACGAGAGAACGGAUAAAGGGAAAUAAUUUGCAUAAAAAAACAAAACGGCAAAAAAUAAUAUUUAAGUAAAAAAUAAAAAGAGAAAAUAAUAUUCUAUUAUAAGAGAGAAGUCCUUAUCAUAACCGUAAUACUCGAAAGCGAACAUUAUAAAUUGCGAAAAAUAUAUAGAAAAAGAAAAAGAGCAUUUACGCUCCUACUAAAUUUAAGUAGGCAUUAAGAAUAUAAAAUAUUAACUGCGUCAGAAGAGAAGAGAAUUAUUAUCAACUAACGGUAUAUAUUUAUUAUAUUUAUAACAGUUAUUUAAAUUAUAUGGUGUAAAUUUUUAAGAAUAAAAAGAAAAAAAUAUUUUUGUUCUAAGGACUUUUGUGGUAAUACAAAAAAAAAUUACCGUCAAAAGCACAAAAAAAUAAAAUAUAAAAAAGUUUUAAGUGCAAACAAACAAAGAAAAAGAAUUGCAAAAAAAUUUUAGAAUAAAAAAAAAUACAAAAAUUAUUAAUGAAGAAGUAAAAUUAUAAAAAUAAUUGUUUUUUAAAUUACAUAAUUCUUAAAAAUAACAUAAUUAUUCAUACUUAUAAAAAAUUUCUUACAAAAAUUUCAAAAUAAAAUUUAAAAUUAAAAUUAAAAAACAAAAAAAAAAAAUAGUCACUAAGCAUACAAAGAAAAUAAAAUAAAAAAAUAAUAAAAAAAAAACACAAAUAAUAAAAAAAGAAAAACAUGGAGCAAACAUCAGGUUUUGAUGAUGAUCCACCGCCAGAACCACGUGACGGUUGGCUUUUAGUACGAAUUCAUGUGCCCGAACUUAAUGUAUAUAAAUGUUUACAAUUUCCAGCUGAUCGUUUAGUAUGGGAUGUUAAACAGCAAGUAUUAGCCUCAUUACCUAAGGUCGCAUUUUGGUUUAAGGAACUGAAAGAAAGCUUUAAUUAUGGAUUAUUUUGUCCUCCAUCUAAUGGCAAGGCCGGUAAGUUCCUAGAUGAGGAACGUCGACUUGGCGAUUAUCCAUUUAAUGGACCUGUCGGAUAUUUAGAGCUUAAAUAUAAGAGACGAGUUUACAAAAUGUUAAAUUUAGAUGAACGUCAGUUGAAAGCAUUGCAUACGAGAGCGAAUUUACGUCGUUUUAUGGAAUGUAUAAAUGGUGGACAUGUUGAAAAAAUUGCAAAAAUGUGUGCUAAAGGGCUGGACCCAAAUUUUCAUUGUCCUGAAAGUGGUGAAACACCACUGACUGUUGCAACUGGAACUAAAAAACCAAAUAAAAUUUUAAUUGCAUUAGUAAAUGGUGGUGCACUUUUAGAUUAUCGUACCAAAGAUGGUGCAACAGCAUUACAUAAAGCAGUUGAAAAAGAUUCAUUAGAAGCUGUGACAACUUUAUUAGAAUUAGGAGCAUCACCUAAUUAUAAAGAUGCAAAAGGAUUAACACCACUUUAUUUAUCAGUAACAAAGAAAACAGAUCCAAAAAUAACUGAAAGCUUAUUACAUGAUCAUGCAACUCUUGGUACACAGGACAAUCAAGGUUGGCAAGAAGUUCAUCAGGCAUGCCGACAUGGUCUAGUCCACCAUUUGGAACAUUUAUUGUUUUAUGGUGCUGACAUGGAUGGUCGUAAUGCUUCUGGUAAUACACCAUUGCAUGUAUGCGCUGUUAACAAUCAAGAGACUUGUGCUAGAAUGCUUCUAUUUCGUGGCGCCCAACGUGGUGCACUUAAUUAUGCAAAUCAAACUCCCUAUCAGGUGGCUGUAAUUGCCGGUAAUUUAGAGCUAGCUGAAGUCAUACAAAACUAUAAGUCUGAAGAUAUCGUCCCAUUCCGUGGUCCCCCACGUUAUAAUCCAAGACGACGUUCCGGUGUCGGAUGGAUGGCAUAUGGUGUUGGUAGUGGUACACUAGCACAUCAUCAUGGUAAUGGUAGUAUAUCUGGUGGAAGUAUAUUAGGUUCAACAUUGUCAAGAGGAAGUACAUGUGGCCCACCAUCACCAUGUCCGUCUGAGCAUUUGCCAUAUAGUUCAGCAAGCUCCAGUUUAUCUGAAGGUUCAUCUGGACAUCGUUCACAUGAGGAUGAUAUUAGUAUUGUUACAGAUAAAAGCAUUGGAGAUACAAGCGAUAUAAUCAGCGAUUCAUCUGGUGUCGGUACAAAUUCUGAUAGUGCAGCAUGCUCAAUCGGACAUCCCAGCACGACUGUAGUUUGUAUGGAACCAUAUGCUGGUAAUACGAUUGGACAUAUUCGUAUACAACCGGGAGAAGUUAUUGAAGUUGUUGGAUCUACUGAUUGUGGCCUUCUUGAAGGUUAUGUUCGCGGAACAAAUCGUUCUGGAUUUUUCCCAGCUGAAUACGUUCAAGAAGUUAAUAUACGACAAAAAAAUAUUACAAAUGUUUCAACAGCUAGCCAAUAUCAAAAUUCUCCACCACCCCCGUCGGUUACAACUAUAUCAAAUACCAAUGCAAAUAAUAAUUGUAAUAAUAAUAGCAGUAACAACAAUAAUAUCAACAAUAAUAACAACAACAGCAGCCAAAAUCUAACACUUAUGACUCAAUCAGUUACGCUGAACGGGCAAUAUAACAGUUCAACUGGUCCUAGAAUUAAGAAAGUAAAUCUAUUGGAACCGCGAACUGUUAUUUUACAUCGUGCAAAACGUGGUUUUGGCUUCGUAUUGCGUGGAGCAAAAGCAUCAUCUCCAUUAAUGCAGUUGAAACCGUCAGAACGUUUUCCCGCUUUACAGUACCUUGACGAUGUUGAUCCAGGUGGUGUUGCUGACAGAUCUGGUUUAAAACCCGGUGAUUUUCUGUUAGCUAUAAAUGGACAUGAUGUCCGCGAAGCGUCUCAUGAACAAGUUGUUGAUAUGAUCCGUUCUUCAGGCGCUUUGGUUCAAAUGACUGUAAUAUCAGCGAAUUUUCCACAAAAUGGUAAUAAUAAUAAUCAAAUACAACAGCACCAACAGAUUCAGUUCCAAAAUUUACAAGGGGGUGGCGACAUUAAUGGCAGCAAUGGAAUUAAUUUAUCAUCAAUAAGACAAUGUGCUACACUUCCACGCAAAAUGUCUGGUCCUGGUGGUCGUUUACCAGCGCCAACUCCACCACGACGCGAUCCAAAGACAACAUUGAGUGUUGGUAGAGCAAGAGCAAAAUCAAUGGUAGCUGGUCUUGAAAAUGGGGGCGAAAAAGAUCCAAAUGAAGACGGCGAUAUACCAGCAAAGUCUAGCUCAAUUGAAUCGAUUUCAACAUCGACACCCACCCAAAAUCCAGGUACACCUGUACAGUUAAGAACUGCUAGCAUUAAAGCUCGUCCUACGUCAAGCAGAAUUACAGCAGCUGAAUUAGAAGAGCUAUUCCAAAGACAACAAGGCGAAGGUGUAGAUGGUACAAAUCGCAGUUCAACUAUGAUGACAACGUCCAGAUUCCAAUCUGGAACUGAUAGCGGAACUGCAACUCCACCUACGAAUACAUCACCAAACAAGGGUCCUUUGGUAUAUGCAAGUGUUGCAGAAAUGAAAAGAAAAAAAUCUUCAAAGAAUGGUACACUUCGGGGAAAACCUUGCGCAAUACCAACGGUUGGUGCAGAUUUAAAACGAAAUUUCCAUUCUACCCCCGAUCUACAUUCUCAAUUGAGUUCUUCGUCGUCGUCAAUUUGGGCUGCUGGAGCUGCAGCUACAAAAGGACAUCUUUCUCAAGAUGACGUUGCAACUCUUCAUGCAUCAAUGCAACGUCUCAAUUUGCCGCCACCAAGUCAUCCACCUCCUCCCCCACCAGUUGGCCAAGUUGUUAAAGUUGAUGUUUCUCGUGGGUCAGAAUAUGAAAGUACAAUUGCCUUGCAGAAAACAAUUCAAAGGAAUUCUAAUACGAAUGGCACUGCUGAAGGGAUUGCGUCAUCAUUCAAUCCAUCGACAAAUGCUAAAUUAUAUGCAUCACCUCAAGACUUAAGAAAUGUAGCAUUCCGAACUAAACAACAAGAACAAACACGUAAAAACUCCAAUCCAAGGGUGCCAACUCUUCAGCAGGCACAACAAAUCCAAACACAAGCCCAAUCAAAUAAAUCCCAAAAUACAGUACUGCAACAACAGCCACAGGUCAACCAAUAUGCACAACCUGGAAGACAGAUGAUAGUAAUGCCGCAACAGCCUGCAACAACUGCUAUACAACAGCCACAAGCUCAACAGGCUAAAAUAUAUGCUUCAAACCAAAUAAUUAAACCUCAAAACAAUACUAGUACAGCCCAGCCUCCUUUAGUUGGUCCUGCUCCCCCAAUUCCCGAUCCCGAUUAUAGUCUUAGUGAGUCCGAUGAAGAAGAUGAAAAUUCUAUACUUGUUGCUCGAAAUACUAAACUAAACGAAAAGAUUGCUUUAAUGGAUGUUCCCGAAACAAGCGGCAACAGCAAUACAAGUGGCAGUAGUACUGGAUCGAGUUCCAUGCCACAUUCUUUCUCCGUUGAUGAAAUCCAAAAAAUGCGAACCAAAUUAAAAACAUCAAAAUCCUACCCCAAUGAUUUAAAACCAGAAAAUAGUGAAGAGCAAAAUAAUUCAAUUAAUAAUAAUAAUCGCGAUCAAGAAGAAGGUGAUAACUCAUCAUCAGGAGUCAGCAGCGACCAAGAAAUCCCCACAAAUAAUACAGACACAAUUAAAAAGAAACCAGCAAGCAAUAACCUAAAUUCAACAACUCCGGCUUCAAUUAUUUCAGCACAACCUUCAGAUGCACAACACAUAACUUCUGCUCCAGUACCUUCUGUUGUAACUCAACCCGUUUUAAACACUGCACCAGUUGUAACAGCAGCAGUUUCGGCACAACAAACCGCUCGUAUAGCGUCUUCUACUUCUAUUACAACUGCUCAACAGCAACCACAACAGCAGCAACCGAUUCAUCAACAAUUACAAUUUCAACAGCAUCAAUAUCAGCAUCAAUUGCAACAACAACGACAGCAACACCAACAGCCUCAAUUUAUCCAACAACCUGUUGUUACAAAGACUGUUGCUAUUAAAUCUGUGUUAAUAACAUCAAGUCAAAAUCCUAUACAAAAAACUGCUGCAAAACCAUUAAAAAUUGAACCAAUUCCAGUCAACCACUUAUCAAAAUCAGUAUCAAUUGAGCAGCGUAGUGAUGAUGAUGGUGAUUUAAGUCCAAGUCCACCUGCAAAUGCAUUCAAGCGUCAUAAUUCGCUGACACGUAAACAAGCUGCACAAAUUGCAAUGAAUCGAGCAACAAGAAGUGCAGUUUCUUUGGUGCAAUUGCCGCCACCUAUUGAAGCUGAUCUUGAAAUUGAUAUACCUAAUACAAAUAUGGGUACAACUUGUACAGAUCCGAAUUGUCCCGAUAAUAUCGUUUUAGCUCCUCCACCGCAAUUUUGUGAUUGUAAUGAUAUAAAACAUAGUGCAGCAGCGACUGGGCAAUUAGGUCAUUCCACAUUAGGUCGACAACAUUUCAGCAGUACAGGUAGUAGCGGUUCAGGUCGUGUAAGAAUUAUUGGAACAAUACCGAAAAGUAGUAUUCAUAGAUUGGCAUAGUCAUAACAUAGUAAAAAAUAAAAUUAAUUUAUGUUCUCUUUACAAUUAAUAUUAAAUUAAAAAUUGCUUUGAAAAAGGAGGAAUUUAGGAUAAUAUUGUAAAGGAUAAAAUAUAAAUGCAAUAUUUAUAUUUUAUUGAAAUGUUUUUUGUUUUAAAAAUUAAUUUUAGAAUAUAAGAUAACAAAAGAGAUAAUGAAAUUUAAGAAACAAACACACGUUUUAAUCGAAGAAUUUAUUAGAGUUAAAAUGAUAUGAAAAAAAUUUUCUAGUUAAAUUUUAAAAAUUGAAGAGUUAAAAAUAUAAAAAACUACCCUUCCUUUUUUUUUAUUGUUUCUUAUUGAAUUAAAAACGAAUAAGUUUUGUUAUCUACUCCUUUUUUUUUGCAAUUUUAUUAAGUUUUAAGUAAGAUGUGAAACAUGUUCAAAUUAUUUUAAAACUUACUAAUUUCUGGACGCUUAUAAUUUAAUUACGUAAACAUAAUAUUCAACUAGAUACCUAUUUUAAUUAUUAUUAAUAAUUUAAGUUUAAGCGUUGAGAAACUUUAAGAAUUUUGGAGAUUUGUUUUAUGAAUUAUUCAAAACUUAAUUUUUAAAUUUACUCUCAUUUUAUAUUGAAAAGAAACAACGUAUGUAAUAUUGCUAAACGCACAAUAAGUUUUUCAGGGCAACAUUAAAGUUGAAAUUAUCACAUUAAUACAAAAGGAUAAAUCAAUGUCAAAUAAGUUUCAAGAAUAUUUCCUGAAAAGUUUAUAAAACAAACAGUAAAAAAUUCUCCAAAACGUUUUCUUGGGUCUCGAUUGUUGUUUGCGUCAAAUUUAAUUUAAAUUUUUUUUUUUUAUAUUAUUAGGUGAAAGAAAUAAUAAAAAUAAACCAUGUUUUUUGUAUACUUUAAAUAAUUUCUUUUUUGAUCAUUUUCAUUGAAAUUGUUUAUAUUUUAUUUAAUAUAAUUAUUAUAGUUAAUAUGUUAAUUCAUUUAAAUUAUUAAAAUUAUAUAUGAAUUUUAUUAUCUUUGUUUUAUAAUAUUUUGUUUUGUUCUUAAAAUGCUAGUGAAAUCAUUAAACUAUAAUUUUUCUUCAUUCUAUUCAUAGUUGAUUUAGAAAAUUAGUAAGAUUUCCAAAAUUAAUUAUAAUGAGUUUUUUUUUUAAGUCAGUGGUUUAAUAUUCGUACUAGUAUUUUUGUCUUAUACUUGUUUUGUACCAAAUUUAUAUGAAAAAAAAAAAUUAACAUAAAUUUUUAAUAGAUAUUAUUAUUAUUAAUAGUAUUAAAAUCUUCAUAAAAUUAAUCGGAGAAGAAUACAAAAAGUUAUAAAAAAAUAAAGUUAUAUAAUUAAAAUUCGACAAAAAUAAAUAAUUAAUCGUGCAAUUUAAAUUUAAUUCACAAUGAAAAAGACAAAAAAGUAAAUUCUAUUGAAAUGAAAUAAAUAAUUAUUAUAAAAAAAAAAGAAAUAUAGCUAUUAUAAAAUUAAUGUUAAUUGAAUAAUAACAAUUAUUAAAGAAUAUAGUAAAAGUGAAAUAUUAUCUACCUAAUUAUUAUAUACA